AUGUCGACGCCAGCUGCAGAACAACGGAAACUCGUCGAACAGUUGAUGGGCAGAGACUCCGGUUUCCGCCACAACAGGUACUCGCACCACAAGAAAGAUCUCGGGCUGCACGAUCCCAAGAUCUGCAAGUCGUACCUUGUGGGGGAGUGCCCCUACGACCUGUUCCAGGGCACCAAGCAGAGCCUGGGGAAGUGCCCGCAGAUCCACCUGGCCAAGCACAAGAUUCAGUACGAGAGAGAGGUCAAGCAGGGCAAGACUUUCCCCGAGUUCGAGAGGGAGUAUCUCACCAUUCUGGCCCGGUUCGUGAACGAGUGCAAUGGUCAGAUCUCACUUGCGUUACAGAACUUGGAGCACACUGCCGAGGAACGAAUCAAGAUCCGACAGGUCACCGAAGAAUUGGACGUCCUGGACGCCCGGAUAGGUCUUAUGGGCCAAGAGAUCGAUUCUUUAAUCCGUGCAGACGAGGUCACUAUGGGCGUGCUGCAAUCGGUCAAGCUGCAAGAACUGAUGGACAGGAGGAAGGAGGUUGCAAAACGAGUGCGAAACAUCACGGAAAAUGUCGGUCAAAGUGCCCAACAAAAGCUGCAGGUCUGCGAGGUUUGUGGGGCCUACCUGUCACGUCUAGACACAGACAGAAGGCUUGCUGACCACUUUCUGGGGAAGAUCCACUUGGGGUACGUAAAGAUGAGAGAGGACUACCACCGGCUCUUGAAGAGUAACCAGGCUGCUAACGCCUAUAGGGCGGCUGCACUACCCGGAAAACGCUUUGUGUAG